AUAAAAAUGUCGUUGAUUGAAAUAUGUCAUUGUACGUUGUCCAAUUCGUUGAUAGAGAGGCCACAGUGCCGCCGAACAUUCUGUAAGUGACAACUGUCCUACCCUGAACCUGAAUGCAUCACUGCGACCAACCAACCCCAACCGAACGACCGAUGAUGGUAGCUCGUGGCAGGCGGGCGGCAUAAAAAUGUCGUCUCGGCCUACAUUCUGGAUAUAUGCAAUUCAGUAGACCGAGUAUAGCAAGCAACGACGGCAAAGCUCCUCCUCGGCUCUGCCGGCUUAUCAUCAGCUUUUAAAUAAGAACGUCGUUGUUUCCAAAGGCGACGGCGAUAUACAGUCCAGUUCGAUUGUCGCAAGCUCCAACGACAUUCCUUCCGGAAGUGACUAUAUGCCUCAUGCACGUCGAGCCAAACCCAAAACCAAAACCAAUCGGUAUAAGAUAUCCCUGUUCCAGCUUUCUCCCCGCAGAUCGUCUGCAUCGUCGAGAGCAAUAACAAUGGCCACCAGGCGAUGGCUCACGCCGAACGCCGCGACGCCCAGCACGGCCGCGGCGGACCCUGCAGAUCCGCCGCCGCAUUUGGGGUGGGACGCGAACCGGUCGGCCGUGAGGGUCGCCAUCUUCGGCAACGUCCUCGUCGUGCUCCUCUUCUUCGCCGCCGUCAUCUGGCGCCUCUACUUCUCGGGGACAGGCAGCACCCAACAACAGCAACACGGCGCCGUGGCUACCGAUGGAGAGGCAGCCGCGUCCGCGUCCGCGUCCUCAUCCGGCGCGAGCUCGCCGAGCGCGUCUCCUCGAGCGAAAGGACUUCAGAAAGGAGACCUCAUGGCGCUGCCGGUGUACGUUCACCGCGCGUUGCCGGAUCAGGAAGGCAAGGUGGUGGUGGAGUGCGCGGUGUGCAUAUGCGAGCUCAAGGACGGCGACACCGGCCGCCACCUGCCGGCCUGCGGCCACCGGUUCCAUGCCGAGUGCGUCGACAGGUGGUUCCGUUCGCACGCCACCUGCCCCCUCUGCCGCGCCGUUGUGGUCAGCGGCGGCUCCGGCGACGUCGACCCCAAGGCGCCGCCGGGGUAGUGUGAGCUGCAGAGCACAAGUGCCCUGUUUCUGACUUUCUGGUCCCCGUGUCAACUUUUUGGAAACCGAUGUCGUUCGCUACACUAGCUUCCUUAAUCCCCGCAAGCAUUCGUUAUACGUGUUCAAAGUGUCAACACACAUGGGCUGUAUUGACGAAGUGUAUAGAGGAUAAUCCUUCAAGCAAAUUCCAUGGGGAAGUUUGAACCGUA